GAAGAAGCAAGAGUGGAAGAAGAGUUAGAUAAAUGGAGGACGUGUGCAGUGUGAACGGUCUGGAUCAUCUUUGGGACUGGAACCUGACUUGGUACACCUCCCGACCAGACCUGACCCAGUGUUUCCAGCAAACUGUACUGGUGUGGUUCCCCUGUGUUUACCUAUGGAUCUGUUCUCCUCUUUACCUGCUGUACCUGCAGCUCCGCCCACACAGAGGUGUCAUCCCACUGUCCAAACUCUGCUGUAGCAAGACGCUCUUGGGUCUCAGUCUGGCAUUGUUAAGUCUUCUGGAGAUUUUUUACUUUUUGGUGAAGAAGAACGAAGAGAUCCAGAACCACCUGUUAAUCCUGAUUGGUCCACUGAUCCGGAGCCUCACUCUGGUUCUUGCUGUUCUUAUAAUCCAUUUUGAAAGGAUGAAGGCAACUCGUUCGUCCACCCUUCUUUUCCUCUUCUGGACUCUUCUGGUUCUUUGUUCCCUCGUUCCUCUGAAGAACAAAGUUGAGCAGAUUAUUGAUCAGGGUUUUUCAUCAGAUGCCAUUCGUUUCACUGUGUUCUUCAUCUGUUUUUCCCUCCAACUCAUGGAGCUCAUCCUCAGCUGCUUCUCUGACCACAGACCACUCUCUGAAAAACACACCUACAUUCAGAACCAGUGUCCAGAGGAAGAUGCCUCAUUUCUCUCCAAGUUUUUUUUCUUUUGGUUCAGCAGUUUGGUGGUUCGGGGUUACCGUUGCCCCUUGCAGUCUGCAGACCUGUGGCCUCUGCGGGACCAGGACUCAUCAAACAAGAUCAUGAUUGACUUGGAGAAGUUUUGGACUCAGAACUGCAAACAGCUGCAGUACAACACUUUACCCUAAUUAUGUUAAAUAAUUUCUGCUGCAGUGACAGAAAAAACGUGCCUGUUGAGUAAGAACAGGAAGGGGCGGGGCCAAGGCCUUUUCCUCCUGUGUGCUCUCGGACAGAGCUUUGGGCUGUACUUCCUGUCUGGAACGCUUUAUCUCCUACUGCAUGAUACCUUCAUGUUCGCUGUGCCACAGGUGCUCAGCUUGCUGCUGGACUUCAUGCGUGACAAAGACGCUGAAAUGUGGAAAGGUUUCCUGUUUGCGUCACUGCUCUUCCUGCUGUCCUGUCUGCAGUCACUCCUCCAUCAUCAGUACAUGUUUCACUGCUUCACUGUCGGAAUGAGACUAAAGACUGCUGUCAUGGGCCUUGUCUACAGGAAGUGUCUGUUGAUCAGCAGUGCAGCUCGUCGGAGAUGUACUUUGGGAGAAAUCAUCAAUCUGGUUUCAGCUGACACUCAGAAGCUGAUGGACUUUGUAGUUUAUUUCAACAGUAUUUGGGUCACACCCAUCGAGAUCACACUCUGCUUCUACUUCAUGUGGCGGCUCCUCGGCCCAUCUGCUUUUGCUGGUAUCACUGUUGUGGUCUUGAUCUUCCCUCUGAAUGGAUUCAUCGCUAAAGUGAGAAGCAAACUGCAGGAGGUUCAGAUGAAGUUCAUGGACGGUCGGCUCAAACUAAUGAAUGAGAUUCUGGGUGGUGUAAAGAUCCUGAAAUUUUAUGCGUGGGAGGAAGCUUUCCUGCGACGCAUUGGGAUCCUGAGAGAUAAAGAACUGAAGGCCCUGAAGAAAUCUCAGAUCCUUUAUUCUGUCUCUCUGGCAUCCUUCAGCUCUUCCUCCUUCCUGAUCGCCUUGUCAGUGUUUGGAGUUUUUGUGUUAACUGAUGAACGAAAUGUUCUGGAUGCUCAGAAAAUCUUUGUUUCUGUCACUCUCAUCAACAUCCUGAAAACUCCUCUGAGUCAGCUUCCCUUUGCAAUGAGCACAGCCAUGCAGGCUGGUGUAUCACUCAGGCGUCUUGGAAAGUUUCUUUGGCAAGAUGAACUGAAACAUGACAACGUGGAGAGACUCCCUCAUAGCACAGAUGGAGAUGGUGUGGUGAUCGAGGACGGGUCCUUCUCCUGGACCAACGACGGGCUGCCAUGUCUGCAGAGGAUCAACAUAAGGGUGAAGACGGGCUCGCUGGUGGCUGUGGUCGGUCAUGUUGGUUCAGGGAAGUCGUCUCUGCUGUCGGCUAUGUUGGGAGAAAUGGAGAAGAGGAGUGGCUUUGUCUCCAUCAAGGGUUCAGUGGCCUACGUCCCCCAGCAGGCCUGGAUUCAGAAUGCCUCUCUGAAAGACAACAUUUUGUUUGGUGGAGAGAGGAAAGAGAGCUGGUACCACCGGGUGCUGGAGGCCUGCGCUCUGCUGCCAGACCUAGACCUCCUGCCUGCUGGAGAUAGCACAGAGAUCGGGGAAAAGGGUCUGAACCUCUCUGGAGGUCAGAAGCAGAGGGUGAGUCUGGCUCGGGGUGUUUACAGAAAGUCUGAUGUUUAUCUGCUGGAUGACCCGCUGUCGGCUGUUGACGCACACGUCGGACAACACAUCUUUGAUCGAAUCAUUGGACCAAGAGGACUCCUCAAAGACAAGACCCGAGUGCUGGUAACUCACGGACUCAGCUUCCUGUCCAAAGCAGACCUGGUCCUAGUGAUGGAGCAGGGUCAGAUCUCUGAGAUGGGCUCCUACAUGGAACUGAUGGACAGGAAGGGAGCCUUUGCCAAAUCCAUCCACACAUUCAAUGGAAACCAACACAGAGAGAGCUCCACCCUCAGAGACAGGAUCACCAGGAAGUCAGUGUCUCGUCUCAGUAUGACCGAUUUCUCCAUUGACCUUUCUCAGGAGCAGCUUAUCAGCUGUGAUAUGAGCAGUACCAGUGUUCAGAUGAUGGAGGCUGUGGAUCAGGACAUCGACCCUGAGGAUGCUGGGAAACUUACUGAAGCUGAUAAAGCUCACAUGGGGAGGGUGAAGCUGCAUGUGUACAGAGAAUACUUCAGGACAAUUGGCCUGACCUUCAUCAUGACAAUCAUCUUCCUCUGUGCCUUCCAGCAAGCUGCAUCAUUGUCCUACAACUAUUGGUUGAGCCUGUGGGCUGAUGAGCAGCCAAUCAACGGGACACAGAGUGACCACGAGCUGAAACUGAGCGUGUUUGCUGCUCUGGGCUUCAUUCAGGGGGUCGCCAUGUUUGGGACGACGCUCGCCAUUGCCCUGGGUGGUAUUGUAGCAUCACGUCGCCUUCAUGCUGAUCUUCUCCACAGCGUUCUGCAUUCACCCAUGUCCUUUUUUGAGGUGACACCCAGUGGAAACCUCCUGAACCGCUUCUCCAAAGAGAUUGACGCCAUUGACUGCAUGAUUCCUGAUGGACUGAAGAUGAUGCUGGGCUACUUGUUCAAGCUGCUGGAGGUCUGCAUCAUUUUAUUGUUGGCCACACCAUUCACAGGGCUGGUGCUUCUCCCCCUCACCUGUGUCUACAUCUUCAUACAGAGUUUCUAUGUGGCUUCCUCAUGUCAGCUGCGACGACUAGAGGCAGUCAGUCGCUCGCCGAUCUACAGCCAUUUCAAUGAGACGGUGCAGGGUGCUGGCGUCAUCCGAGCCUUUGGCGAACAGCAUCGCUUUGUCCUGCAGGCCAAUCAUCGCAUCGACAACAACCAGGAAGCUUAUUUUCCUCGCUUUGUAGCCACCAGAUGGUUGGCGGUAAAUCUGGAGUUUUUGGGCAAUCUGUUGGUUUUAGCAGCAGCCAUCUUGUCGGUGCAAGGUCGACAUGAACUCAGUCCGGGCAUUGUGGGAUUGGCAGUCUCACAUUCUCUCCAGGUCACAGGAAUCCUGAGCUGGAUUGUCCGAUCCUGGACUGAUGUUGAGAACAACAUUGUGUCGGUGGAAAGAGUCAAAGAGUACGACAACACACCUAAAGAGGCAGCAUGGACUCUCAAGGACAGUUUACUGCCAGCAGUGUGGCCGACCACAGGAAACAUCCAGUUUGAAGACUAUGGACUGCAGUACCGUAAAGGUUUGAACUGGGCUUUAAACAAGAUCUCCAUCAACAUCCAAGACAGAGAAAAGGUGGGGAUUGUUGGAAGGACAGGAGCUGGAAAGUCAUCUUUGGCUUUGGGAAUCUUCAGGAUUCUGGAGGCAGCAAAUGGACGUAUCUUCAUCGAUGGGCUCAACAUCGCAGAGAUUGGCCUUCAUGAUCUCCGCACCAGAAUCACCAUCAUCCCUCAGGACCCAGUGCUGUUUUCUGGUUCUCUGAGGAUGAACCUCGACCCAUUUGAUACCUGUUCAGAUGAGGACCUAUGGAAAGCUCUGGAACUGGCUCAUCUCAGCAGUUUUGUGUCUGCAUUGCCACAAAAACUGGACCAUCAUUGCAGUGAAGGCGGGGAGAACCUCAGUCUUGGUCAGAGGCAACUGCUAUGUUUGGCCAGAGCUUUGCUGAGGAAGACCAGGAUCCUGGUUUUGGAUGAAGCCACAGCAGCUGUGGACCUGAAGACAGACCAGCUAAUCCAGUCCACUAUUCGUACUCAGUUUGAUGACUGUACAGUCCUAACCAUCGCUCAUCGCCUCAGCACGAUCAUGGACUACACCAGGGUCAUAGUAAUGGACCGAGGCUCCAUCGCAGAGAUGGACUCCCCCUCUCAGCUCAUCCACCUGCAGGGUCAAUUCUAUCAGAUGUGUCUUGAGGCUGGUUUGGUCUGACACACAUUAUUAGAAAUAAACUAUGUUAUUGGAGCAAAUGUGCUGUUUAAUUAUUUCACAAUUUAGAUUUCUUUAGCUGAUGAUGAUGUGACCUCUAAUGUCCUAUUUAAGUAUCAAAAGUUAUUUUGGAUUUAUGAAUUAAUUUAUAACAUUUAUUUUGUCAUUUACUAAUAAAUGCUUCAAGCUGAGUAUAAUUAAAGGUAGAGUUAUAUAUAGAAAGCAGAAAUAAAUGUCCAAUUGCAUCAUGGUGAGCUGCUGCAUGGUCUGUAAGCUGCGUUAUUGUAUAUUUGCAAUGCAUCAUGGUCUAUUAAACAAGAUUUACAUUUCUACAAUGUUUGUUGUCUUAAA